CUCGUAGUCCGGAACGGACGCGGUUCGAGGGUGGGUAUGUGUACACGCGCUAUGUCGACGCGUGGCUCGAUCAAGCUAUCGAAGCCAUUCGCUGAACAUUAUACGGAGUCUAGUUAGUCCGUUUACGGGGACGACUCGGUUCGACAGAAGGUGAAUCAUUCGAGAGGCAAAAUGUACAGCGGCAAGGUAUCGCCACCUGCUUCGACCUCGAAAAAGGCGCCGAUCAGUUUUCGCGAUACGUGCCUUCCUAUACUAUGGCUCAAUCGAAUCCUAAGCAUGGUCGUCAUCGAGGUACCGGAGGGUCGACCGUGGCUAACGCUGAGCAUAAUUUACGCUACCGCCAAGUGGGUCGGCUACGGUUAUUUGUUGUGGUACACGGUGAAAAACGACGAAAGCCGCAUUAACAGCAUUCCGAUCAUGGCUGCGGUGUUUCAAGUCAUUCUCUACGUCAACGUCGUCAUUGCCGUUCUUUCGACUUACUUGGGAUUGGCGAACUACAAGAAAUACGAGUUAUACUUCAAAAAAAUUGAGUUGGCCGACGAAACACUGGAAAUUUUCGGUAUCGAUCCAGAAUAUUCAUCGGGAUUCAAAGAUUACAUGAAAAUAACAGCUAUAUGGUCUCUCGGAGGCGCACUUGUCUGUGCGACUGACUUCGCGAUAGCGUGCUACACCUUCAGCUCGGUCCCUUACGCCAUCAUCAGAAUCCUCGUAUUCGAAAUACCCAUGGUGCUGAAUCCGAUGGUCGAACUCAACUUCUCCCUCAUGAUCAACGCGAUUGGAACGAGAUUCGAAAGAUUGAACGCGCUUAUCCAGAGCGUAGCAGUUACACCACUGCAAUCGAUGAAUUCAAGAAAUUUUGACAAAUACCAAAAUAUUUUGAACAGGAAUCAGAGCAAAAUUGCCGUCAAACCGAAUUACUAUUAUUACAAAAAUAGGAACAACAUCGAGCUGCUACUGCGAACUGCAAGACAACUUCAUUUGGAUCUAUGCGCAACUGCUCGUGAGGUGAACGACGUUUGCAGUAGACAGAUGUCGAUGCAAAUGGCAGCCAAAUUUCUGCUUAUAACUGGAUUCGCCUACUGCUUAUACCUCAUUUAUAACGAUCCAAACAUACCACUAUCUGGCAAAUUACAGCACUACGUUUCCCUGGGAGCUUGGAUAGUCAUCAACAUAGCCAGAAUGAUUUUCGUUGUUCGCACGUCUGUUAACGUAACAUCAGAGGCACAAAAAACGAGUCAAAUCGCGCACGAGAUUCAAGUAUCAAAGUCCCAGAGCAAUCUUAUUGACGAGAUACAUCAGCUCUCUUUGCAAAUCAUGCAACAUCCCUUAUUUUUCACUGCUUCGGGUUUGCUGGUGCUGGACUUUGGAUACGUGCGAGGGUUCGUCGGAUCUGUGACAACGUAUUUGAUGAUCUUAAUUCAGAAUCAAUCGGAUAUGUUGAAAGCUGCUACCACAUUGGCUAAUCCUAAUAACGACACAAGUGCAACCACUCCUUCGCCUUAAAUUACUUAUACAAGCGUUUUCUGAUCAUUUUUAAAAUUGUACAUAUUAAUUAUUUGUUUGUAAUAAAUUUGUAUUUGAUAUUGA